UCAACUCAUCUUCCUCGAAGCUCCUAACUCCCAAAGAAAAGAACUGUAUUUUCAUUUUGGGUGGGUGCUUGUCGUUUUCCUUUUUCUUGAAUCUUUCUUUGUAUUUUCCCCACCUAGCUUAUACUUUUUAAUUUCCUAUUUGUUCAAUUCCCCACCUAGCUUUAAAUACUAUAUAUAUAUAUAUAUAUAUAUAUAAGAUUAUAAAAUGGACACGAAGGUGCUUUCAUCCGGAAUCCGUUAUUCAAAAUUACCCGAAAGUUAUAUCCGACCCGAAUCCGAUCGACCCCGUCUUUCUGAAGUCUCUAAGUUCGAAGGUGUUCCUAUCAUCGAUUUGGGUUCUCACAAUAGAACUCAGAUUGUGCAGCUAAUUGGUGAAGCAUGCAGCUCCUAUGGUUUUUUCCAGGUAAUUAAUCAUGGGGUGCCUCUAGAAGCAUUGAAGGAAACAGCAGAGGUGGCAUAUGAAUUCUUCAAUUUGCCAGUGGAGGAGAAGCUGAAGUUGUAUUCAGAUGAUCCCUCAAAGACAAUGAGACUAUCUACAAGUUUUAAUGUGAACAAAGAGAAGGUGCAUAAUUGGAGAGACUACCUUAGACUCCAUUGCUAUCCUUUGGAAAAUUAUGUUCCAGAAUGGCCUUCUAAUCCUCCUUCAUUCAAAGAAGCAGUGGCAAAUUACUGCAAAGUAGUUAGGGAAUUGGGGUUGAGAAUAGAAGAAUACGUAUCAGAGAGUUUGGGCCUAGAAAAAGAUUACAUAAGGAAUGCUUUAGGAGAACAAGGGCAGCACAUGGCAGUGAACUAUUAUCCACCAUGCCCACAACCAGAACUUACCUAUGGAUUGCCAGGGCACACAGACCCAAAUGCACUUACAAUUCUCCUCCAAGAUCUUCAUGUUGCUGGCCUCCAAGUUCUCAAAGAUGGCAACUGGCUUGCGGUUCAUCCUCACCCUGACGCCUUUGUCAUUAACAUAGGUGAUCAAAUUCAGGCUUUAAGUAAUGGGCUCUAUAAGAGUGUUUGGCACCGGGCUGUUGUGAAUGUUGAUAAGCCAAGACUUUCUGUGGCUUCCUUUCUCUGCCCAGAUAAUGAAGCAUUGAUAUGUCCUGCUAAGCCACUCACAGAAGAUGGAUCUGGAGCCGUAUACAGAGGAUAUACAUAUGCAGAAUACUAUAGCAAGUUUUGGAGUAGGAACUUGGACCAAGAUCAUUGUUUGGAACUUUUUAAGAACAAGUUACCUUAAAGAUGAGAUUGGCACAAAACAAUAAUAAUAAAAAUAAUAAUAAGGGUAAUAAAUGAGGGUGCUAUUUGAUAAAAUCAAAUCAAAUUUUACUCUCCCUUCUUCCUAUCCAAUCCUUAUAGAUGCAACGUAUGAUUUUCAAUUUUCUACUAUUUCUUUGUUAAAGCACUAGCUUAUUGCAAAUUGUAGUUAAUUUGUUACACAAUAACUUUUAUGUUAUACAAUCAUCGAUUUCUCAUGAA